UGCUGGGCCUCGGUGAUGCUGAGCAACGGGCGCGAGGAGGUGGUCAAGUCCUGCGUGUCCCUGCCCGAGCUGCACGCACAGGUCUUCUGCCACAGCUCCAAGAACAUCACCCGGACCGAGUGCUGCUACACCGACUUCUGCAACAACAUCACGCUGCGCCUGCCGCUGGCAGCAGCAGAGGCUGCGGGCGGCGCGGGGCGGCUGCGGGCGGCGCUGCUGGCGGCCGUGGCGGUGCCGCUCGCGUUGCUGGCGCUGCUGGCGGCGCUGCUCGCCCGCUCGGCCCGGGGCUGCCGCCGCCGCCCGCCCAACGUGGAGGAGCCGCUGUGCGAGGGCAGCCUGGCGGGCACGGGCAAGACGCUCAAGGACCUCAUCUCGGACAUGACCACCUCCGGCUCCGGCUCCGGCCUGCCUCUGCUGGUCCAGAGAACCAUCGCCAGGACCAUUGUGCUGCAGGAGAUUGUGGGCAAAGGACGGUUUGGGGAAGUGUGGCACGGGAAAUGGUGCGGGGAGGACGUGGCUGUGAAAAUCUUCUCCUCCAGAGACGAGCGGUCCUGGUUCCGGGAGGCAGAGAUUUACCAGACAGUGAUGCUGAGGCACGAGAACAUCCUGGGCUUCAUCGCUGCCGACAACAAGGAUAAUGGGACGUGGACUCAGCUGUGGCUUGUCUCCGAGUACCACGAGCAGGGCUCUCUGUUUGACUACCUGAACAGGGGCACGGUGACCGUGGAGGGCAUGGUCAGGCUGGCACUGUCCGUGGCCAGCGGCCUGGCUCACCUCCACAUGGAGAUCGUCGGCACGCAAGGGAAGCCAGCGAUCGCUCACCGGGAUCUGAAAUCCAAGAACAUCCUGGUGAAGAGGAACGAGACCUGCGCCAUCGCCGACCUGGGCCUGGCCGUGAAGCACGACUCGGUGCUGAACACCAUCGACAUCCCCCAGAACCCCCGCGUGGGCACCCGCAGGUACAUGGCCCCCGAGAUCCUGGAGGAUGCGAUGAACACGAACAUCUUUGAGUCCUUCAAGCGGGCAGACAUCUACUCCCUGGGGCUGGUGUACUGGGAGAUAGCCCGGAGGUGCUCCGUUGGAGGAAUCACCGAGGAAUACCAGCUGCCUUACUACGACCUUGUGCCUUCUGAUCCUUCGAUAGAAGAUAUGAGAAGGGUUGUCUGUGAACAGAAGCUCAGACCAAGUAUUCCAAACCAGUGGCAAAGCUGUGAGGCGCUGCGGGUGCUGGGCCGGCUGAUGCGGGAGUGCUGGCGCGCCAGCGGUGCCGCGCGUCUCACGGCGCUGCGCGUCAAGAAAACCAUCUCGCAGCUCUGCGCGCCCGAGGACUGCAAGGCCUGA